CAUAGUUGUCUUUAUCAAUACUACCAAACAGCUGCUUAUGCAGAUUAAAUUUAGGUUAAGAAUUUGCUGUUAUCACUAAGCAGGGACCCGACCACUUUGGCAGUUUUAUUUUUGAGAAUGUAGCUCAAUGUAUUUAGAAAGGUGUAUUAUUUGUAUAAUUGUUUCAUAAUAUGUGUAUGUAACCAUAUUUCUGAUAUCUUCUUGCUUUUUCAUUAAAAACUGUACAAAUUAGUAUAAUGUCAUCAAAGGGCCCAACAGUUGCUGGCUCAGAUGGUUCAGACUUUUCUCAUCGUCAAAAAAUUGCUGACCAUUACAAAAUCAGGUACUUAAUAUUUAUACAAAUAUAUUUUAUUCUGCAUAAAUAGUUAAAAUUCUACAUUAUUAAUUGUAAAUGACAUGCCUUACAAUUCAUCAAUUUUGUUGUAGGCAAAUAUUUAUAUUCCAAUCAUUAGUAAAAAUUCAAUUUUGAUUUUUAGUGUACAAAACAAAAGUCGCCUUAAGUAUUGUAUACUAUUUCACUAUUUACUAUUCUUUCUUAUGGUUGCAAAAUUAUGCCCAGAUGUUUUGGAUAGAUUGGAUAUAUUUGUAUUAGAAAUUGAAGAACUUGAAAUUCCGAAGGUACAUUAUAAAAUCUAAUAUUAAAAUAAUUUAAUAAACUAUAAUAAUAGUAGGAAGUAUUAAAUUUAUUAUUAUAGCUGAGUAAAACUUGGCUACUUAACAUUUUAAAAAUAAUUAUAAUUUAUUAUUUCAGCCAUUGCUUUGGGAGUAUUUAUGGUGCCUGAGUUUGCCAGCUUCAUUUCUGGCAUUACGUGCAAUUAAACAUAAUUGUGUAAAAAAUAUUUCCUUUUAUAUCAAGUGGAUUAUUUUAUUAGGUGUUAUGCCAGUGAUUUAUGGUUUUUUUAGUUAUCUGACAGAUGUCUAUACAUUUAUCACAGAAAGUCCCGCUGAAUCGGUUCAGUUGUGGCGGGUGAGUAUCGUGCUAUUAAAAUAAUAUGUAUCUUGUGUAUCUUUAAUAUUAUAUUUUUUAAUUUCAGAAUUUUCCAUACGGUAUACUGUGGUAUAUAUUUAUUGCUGUAGCAGUUCAAAUUCACGGAUUCUCAAUAUAUUUUGCUUUAAAUUUGAAAAAUGCUUGGACUGCAAGGGGUACAGCUCAAAAAAAGAAAUAAAUUUGUUGCUUUGAAAAUUUGUGGUGAUCUGGAAUAGUGUAAAUGCUAUGGGCCAUCAAGUGUACAAUAUAUUUUUUAAAUGUUUACAUUAUACAAACUAUAAGAACUGCAUUAUGUGUCAAUUGGAACUGAAUUUUUUUAGUUAAAUAGGUAUUGAUAUAAAAUUAUAUAUUUUAAAAAUUUGUUUGAGUUAGUUGAUUUGUUUUCUCAUUCACUCAGUCACAAAGUUAAGAAUUUUUAAAAAGUACUUAAUUUAUAAAUUAUGAAUAUAGAAAAUUAUUUAUUUUUACCAUAAUUAUAUAUUCAUUAAAUUUUAUAUAGAUAGUAUAGUUUAUAUAGUUCAUAUAUUGCAAACUUUUAAAUUUGUUAACAAAAUUGGAAAAACUUUAAUAAUCUGUUAAAUCAUUUUAUAGCUCUUAACUAUUUUUUCAGUUCAAAAUAUAUUUUUAUAUUCAUAGAAACAAUCAAACGCAAAGUUUAUAUGAACAGAAUAACUGUUAAAAUUAAAAUUUUUAAUAAUAAUUAAAAAUAUAUCAGUUUGCAGUCAAUAUUUUUUUUAAAUCGAGUUAAUCAAUUUGUAAUAUUCUAUAGAGUUUAUAAUUCAAUUAAGCAUCAAAUUGAAGUUCUUGUUCUUGUUAUCUACUGUAUUAAUAGAUUUCUAAAUAUGUUUUUUGGAUCCAUAACAGUAUUUGUUUAAAUGGCAUAAUACAAAAUUUCAAAUGCAUUCAAUCACUACUUAAAUACAGAUAAUAAGUAAUGACUAUUAAGUUAAAAUAAUAUUGACUGGUAAUAUUUAAUUUAUAAUUUAUUUAUUUUGCAUUUAUAUAUUACCUUAUUAUAAUAGCGAGGUUUCAAUAUUUUGUUAAAAUGAGUCAACAGUGUUGUUAUAAUAUGCACUUUGUAAUGAUAAUAAAAUAUAAUGUACAUGUUAAGUAUAAUUUAAAUGGCACAGAGUAUUCAGUUUUUAGGUACAAUUAUUUUUUUUUGUGCGUAUUACCAAUCAAUUAGUAAUUGUGAAUUUGAAAGUUGUAUUUAUUUUUGAAUAUUUAUACAAAAUUAUUAUGUUAUAAACUAUUACAAAAUAUGAAAUGUUUAUGUUUUUGUUACACGUUUGACCAUAUACAAUAAAAUAAAAAAAAUAUAUGUAUAAUUAAAAUUAAAUUAA